CUGUUGACAAGUAACAUUAAGUUACAUAAAGUUUUUGCCUCGACUAAGCGACGUGUGCGUCUUACAAAGUUACUCUAUCUGGUAAAUGUGUGCAGCUAAAGAGAACAAAUGGCAAUAACUAUGCUACAUCAGCGGGAGCAAGAAUAGCCAUAAAAGACCACCAGGUUUCACUGGAAUUUCCACAAAAUGCAAAAUGCCAUCAGCAGAUCAAAUACUGUUCAUAAAUGUCACCACGACGGUGGCCGCAGCGGCGCUGACGGCGGCUACUGCCGUGAACAAUACACAGGCGACUACAGCCAACGGUGGGGCACUAGGAGAGGAGCCAGAACACGACAUUGUCAUGAACGGCGCCCGUGCAACAACAACAGCAACAAUUGCCGCCAAUAUUUCGGGCUCAUUGGUCCAGCGCCUUACGACCACUACAACAGCGGGGGCAGCGGCACUAGCAACAGUGGCCUCCAUUGCGAAUCCGAAUGAAUGCAAUGCUUUGGCAGAGGAAGAGGUGAAGGGCAGCUUUCUGGGCGUACCACUGGCGGUGCCUGAGUGGGAGGCGUUGCUAACGGCCGUGGUGUUAUCCGUGAUCAUUGUGUUGACCAUCAUUGGCAACAUUUUGGUUAUCCUAAGCGUAUUUACCUACAAACCGUUGCGCAUUGUCCAGAACUUCUUCAUCGUGUCGCUGGCCGUGGCAGACCUGACUGUUGCGCUCCUUGUGCUGCCUUUUAACGUGGCCUACUCGAUACUUGGACGGUGGGAGUUCGGCAUACAUCUAUGCAAGAUGUGGCUGACCUGCGACAUUUUGUGCUGCACUUCGUCGAUCCUAAAUCUGUGCGCCAUUGCUUUGGAUCGCUACUGGGCCAUCACCGAUCCAAUCAACUACGCUCAAAAGCGGACAGUGGGGCGUGUGCUGCUGCUCAUUUCGGGGGUGUGGAUCCUCUCACUGCUAAUCAGCAGUCCUCCGCUGCUGGGCUGGAACGACUGGCCCGAUGAAUUCACCAGCGCCACACCCUGCGAGCUAACUUCUCAGAGAGGCUACGUCAUCUAUUCCUCCCUGGGCUCUUUCUUCAUACCGCUGGUCAUCAUGACCAUCGUCUACAUCGAAAUCUUCGUAGCCACACGGCGGCGCCUCCGGGAGCGCGCCAAGGCCAAUAAAUUGAACACUAUAGCACUAAAGUCCUGCGAGGUGGAGACGGCAGUGCGCAGGGACGGCCAGAGCAAUAGCAGCCUGUCGGGCAGCAAAGGACACCACUUGGCCAACUACUGCGCCAACUUUUUUUGCUGUGGACGCGACAGAGGCCAUUUCGCCACGCCAAUGAUUCAAAACGACCAGGAGAGUGUAAGCAGCGAGACGCACAUUAACACCGAGGCGGCCAACAACGAGCAACAGCAACAUCAGCACGUGGUAGUGCUGGUUAAGAAAUCGCGGCGCUCUAAGAUCAAAGACUCCAUCAAGCAUGGAAAAGCACGCAGCGGACGUCGAGCCCAGAUCACUGCAGAGCGAAACGCCGACGGCACUGGAAGCGGCUGCGGGGCCGAGCAACUGCUUCCGCCCAUCGGAAACAAUUUAGUGUCCAAGUCGGAUGCCAGUGACAAUGCCGAAAUCAGCACCGAAAGUGGCAGCGACCCCAAGGGUUGCAUACAGGUAUGCGUUACCCAGGCGCCCACUGAAAAUGUGGACGAGCAAGCUUCGCUAAAACUGACGCCCCCACAAUCGUCAACUGGCGUAACGUCAACACUGACGUCAACACCUCUGCCAAAGAAGAUCGGCGGCGUUAACCAAUUCAUCGAGGAGAAACAAAAGAUUUCACUGUCAAAGGAAAGACGAGCUGCACGAACGCUCGGGAUAAUCAUGGGGGUCUUUGUUAUUUGUUGGCUGCCGUUCUUCCUCAUGUAUGUCAUUUUGCCAUUUUGCCAGAGCUGCUGUCCGACCAAUAAAUUCAAGAACUUCAUCACCUGGCUAGGCUACAUCAAUUCCGGUCUCAAUCCGGUCAUAUAUACGAUAUUCAAUUUGGAUUACAGGCGCGCAUUUAAAAGACUACUCGGCAUAAAGUAGAUGGUGGUUAAGAAGCAGUUGCUCACAGUUUGUGCCAAAAAGGUAUGGGCUUGGGCUACAUACGAGUAUGUAAUUGCACAGAAUACAGAAUACAGAGUACAGGACCCUGGACCCUUUCACAUACUUGUUCUGCCGUACAUAUGCAUUCUAUGUGGGAACUAGACUACGAAAAAGGAAGCUUCCGUUUUGGGAAACAGAACUCAUCGAACCUUUGCAUCUUAAAAAUAUAUGUUUAAAAUAUUGUGGUUAGGAAAAGUUCUAUAUAAACUCAUUAUCCGACAAAAAGACAUUUUCAUCACAAUUCCUUGAUAUCCACAAGGAUAUAAAUAAAAUGAAAGCAUACUAAUACAACGACAUGGCUCCUGCACUCAUCGCUUGUGAAAUCUAGUCCCUGUUUCUGCGCUCAUGUAGAUGGAUUCAUAGUAGAACCCACAUUUUUGUCUACAUGAUGGUUGUUUAUUAUAAUCCCAACCCCUUCCAAGAGCUUAAAGCUGUAUCGCUUUGACGCAACGUGUACGUGUAUGUCAAAUAUUCUACUACG